AUGGAUUGCGGGUCAGGCACGUUUAAGGCUGGCUACGCUAAUCCCGAUGCGGACCCCCCUGUGAUCAUCCCAAAUCGCUUCGUGGAAGCACCAGGAGAGCGCCCAGCCAGUAACGGGGCGAGCACUAUCGAAUCCGGGGCAGCAGCAGGGCGCGUGGUGGGGGGCGUGGAGCGGGGGCGGGUGGUGGACUGGGGGGUGAUGGAGGAUGCAUGGCGGUACAUGCUGUACGAACAGAUGGGGUGGGAGGAGGGCGGUGAAGGGGCCGUGCUGCUGUGCGAGCCCAUCCUCACCCCCCGAGCCGACAGGGAGCAAGCAGCGCAGAUCCUCUUUGAGUCGUUCAGCUGUUCGGGUUUCUUUGCAGCGGAGCAGCCAGUGCUGGCGCUCUAUGCUCUCGGCCGCCUCUCCGGCUGCUGUGUCGACCUGGGCCACGGCAAGACAGAUUUUUCGGUCGUGCAGGAAGGAGCGUUGGUCCCCUCCUCUGCUCGCCGCUGGCCAAUCGGCGGCUGCGAUCUUUCAGAGCGAAUCCAACGGCUAGUAUUGGAGGAGAGGCAGAGUGGGGGAGGAGCAGGCGCGGGAGGGGGAGGGGAGGGGGAUGCACUGUCACGUGGCAGUCUUUCAUUGGAUGCUGCUACGUUGGAGAGACUGAAGGAGGACGCUUGUGAGGUGGCUUUGGAUGAAAAUAGUUUCGCAGCUGCCCGGGCUGCGGACGAGCGGAAUGAGUUUGUGCUGCCCGAUGGGCAGGAUGUCCCCUAG